AUGUAUCCGCCGCUGAUCUCGGAGCAGUACAUCGACGCGGGCUCGCAGCGACUGUACGCGAUUGGCAUCUUUGUCUUGAUUCAGGCGGUCAAGCUUUACGAGCUGUUUCAGAUCCAUUAUGAAAAUAAGCUGGACAUGGAACUUGCUUUUGCAUUCAAGUAUAUGGUCAUCGAGGGUCUUUACUUAUUCCUCCUCCCUGUUUUCCGCAUUCCAUGGCUCACAUUCACACCUGCCACAACUGUAAUCCUGAUAAUCGGCUGCUCGAUAACGACAAUCGCGCUCUCAGCAGCCUCGACCUUCCCUCUCGCUGCCACGCUCUCGGCAAUCGGUCGAGCGCUCUACGACCGUGAACUUUCAAUAACCGAGCAUCGCGUGCGAGCAAAGGACGUCGUCCAUGGAUCGGAUCAUAUCUCCGGUCGCCAUGUUGUGCAUAUCUUGCCCGAGAGCACUGCGAAGCUGAACCCCUACGGCGAUGUCUUUUGUCUUGACAGGACGACGUCCACGCCCGCGUACGUCCCCAUGAGGUUAAACGCCACCGAACCUGGCGCGGUGCAGCUCUACCACGUCAACUUUGACGAUUCGAGCUACGAGCUCCUUAACUUUACGAAGCGCGAGCUGCGGAAGUGGACCGAGUUUGUCAGCUCCGAGUCUGUCGGGUCCGCAGAGGCGGGAGCAAGGGCGCAAAAUUCAAAGAUUUAUGACAUUAAACUGCCGCUUUCAAAACCAGGUUUGUAUCGGCUGGCAAAAGUCUCUGACACUGCCAAUCUUAACGUCAAGAUCCAUCCUGCGGACGUGGUGCUCUCGUACUGUCCUUCUGCUGCCAUUCGUGGCGGCACGUCGCCGAGCAACUCGGCUGGAUUGGCGCAGGACAGAUGUAUCGGUGCGCUCGAGACGCCAGAGCUGGUUAUCGACGGAGUACCGCCGUUGCGUAUCAAGUACAGCCGGUCGAUCCAGGGCCGCGACUUGAUGUUCGCCGUGCAGAGUAUCCAGCCGGAUAGAUUUUCGUCGCCGCUGUUGCAAGGACGACUACCCCGGGAUGGAAAAGUGUGGCACGCGGGCGAGACCCUCGAGUGGGCGAAUGCGGAGAAAGUGAAAAUUUCGCUUGAUACUGCUUUGAAUCAGGUUGGUCGCUGGGCGUAUAUGAUUGAUGAGGUUGAAGACGGGCUGGGCAACCUUGUGAAUUACAGCAAGAUCUUUGAGAAUAAGGAUCGCGAAGAGUCGCCGCUGCUUGCAAAGAAGGGUCUUAAUUACGGAUUCUUGGUUCAUCCGAGACCUUCCAUCCGAUACGUUUCCUGCGACCCUGAGAAGCCUGUCAAUCUCGCAAAGGGCAAGGCAGCAAAUGUGCCACUGCAACUGAGCGGGACGUUAGAUGAAGGUCCGUAUCAGGUACUACUCCAGUACCAGCCACUUGACGAGUCAGACGAAGACGGCGACACCGGCAAAGUAGUUGCAGCUCCUCGACAGCUCGAGUUGAAUAUGCGAAACGGCAUGGAGCGACUUCGCAUCGACAAGCCGGGAACGUACACGAUCCAGAGCGUCAAAGGCAAGUUCUGCGACGGCGACGUGCUCGAGUCUGCAUCGUGUCUUGCGCUCACGCCGGCGGAGCCGACUGUGUCGGUCAAGUUUGAGGAUAUCGAAGACAAGUGCGUGGGGUCGAUCGGAGUCACGGCCGAUCUGACGCUGACGGGCACGCCGCCGUUCAGGUUGCAGUACCAGGUGAUCACCAACCGUCAGCACGUCAAGACUGAAUACCUUACGAUUGAAAACACGCGUCAUCAGCUCCAAUUCAGACCGGAGAAGGCAGGCCACUACACGUACGAGUUUUACAUGCUGAGCGACAAUCUCUACCAAAACAUCCAGCUCGACCGGAGCCAGUUCCGGACCGAGCAGACGGUGAAGGUGCUCGCGACCGCCGGGUUCGCGCCCAGAUCGCUGAGCUCGCGGUGCUGCACCGGCGACUCUGCCGAGCUGGACGUCGAUCUGCACGGAACGGGCCCGUUCACGCUGACGUACGAGACCGUGCACGGCAACAAGCGCACGCAGCAUGUGAUCCCCGAUAUCACGGGAGAGCGGUACAGACUGACGACGCCGCCGCUGACAAAGGGAGGCACGUACGUGGUCGCGCUGUUGUCGGUCGAGGACGGGAAUGGCUGUCGCCGGGCGCUGAGCGAGGCAGAUGCGCAUGUCGAAGUGCGGAGACAGCGGCCGGCGGCGCAGUUUGGUGCGAUUGACGGGCGGAUGAAUGUGAAGGGUUUGAUGGGUCAGAAGGUCCAGAUUCCGCUGAGACUGACUGGUGAAGCUCCGUGGUCGAUAACUUAUGUGCACAAGAACGCGAGCGGAGGAGCUGAAUCCUCGACAACAGUGAUGAAGCACCGACCGAACGGCGAGUACAUUACAGUGUCAGACGAGGGCCUGUAUGAGAUCACGGACGUGCGCGACGCGUACUGUCCCGGCGACUCGACAGCGUCGUCAAAGUCCGCGUUCGAAGUAAGCUGGUUCGACCGCCCGAGUCUGGAGUUGGUAGCCAGCGAGCGGCUGGCGUUUAAAGAGGCGAGGUAUGCGGUGAGCAAGGACGUGUGCGAAGGCGAGGAAGACGCGCUCGAGAUUGCGCUGUACGGAGCGCCGCCGUUUUCGGUGCUGUAUGAGCGGGAGUACAUUCCCAGUCCUGGCGAGUCCGGAUCGUCGUCGUCGCUGCUGUCGACAACGUCGGGGUCGAAGCCGGUGAAGUUUGAUUUGCAGGCGGCGACAAAGUACGCGAAUAUUCAGAUGGAGACGUCAAAGUAUGGUAGGUAUCGGUACACGCUGCGAGGGGUGUCUGAUUCUGUGUAUGAAGACAAGAGUUUGCUUGCGGCGUUUGAGCCCGUGGUUGUGGAGCAGACAGUGCACCGGCGGCCCGAGGCGUCGUUUGUGAAUCCAGGCACGACGUACCGCAGCUGCUGGAAGGCGGAGGUGGAAGACAGCUCGAUUGAGCCGAUCAAGCUGCGGUUCAGCGGAGUGGCGCCGUUUGCGGUGACGCUGGAGGUUAAGCAUGAGAACGAAGGGCAGAGCGAGACGGUGACGAUCUCGAACAUUCGCGAGAAGGUGUAUAGUCUGCGGUCGAUCUACGCGGGGCUGGGGCUGGGCAAGCAUGUAAUUACGAUUGCGCAUGUCCGAGACGGACGGGGAUGCACUCGUAGCAAGCAAGAGCAUGUGACGGUGAUGGUUGCGGAUGUGGCGACGAUUGUUGCGAGUUCGCCGCGGGAGGAUUACUGUGUUGGCGAGCGGGUGUCGUUUGUGCUUACGGGGGUGCCGCCGUUCGAGGUCGAGUACGAGUUCAACGGCAAGCGGCAGCGGGCGACGACGCACUCUCCGUUCUCGCGGCUGGCGUCGAGCGCGGGGAAUUUCACAAUCACGAGCGUGAAGGACAGCGCGUCGACGUGCAAGGUGAAUCUGAGCGAGAAGCUGACAAAGGUGAUUCACGAGGUGCCGACGGUGAAGGUGAGCGAGGGCACGUCGAUUGUGUCGGAUAUCCACGAGGGCGAUCGGGCGGAGAUUGUGUUUACGCUGGAGGGGGCGGCGCCGUUUGCGUUUACGUAUACGCGGAGUGAGCGGGCGGGACAUAAUAAGUACCGGGUUGUGGAGACGCAUACGGUGACGGAUGUGUAUGAGGACUCGUACAGUAUAUUCACGUCGAUGGAGGGAGUGUAUGAAGCGAUUUCGAUCGAGGAUCGGUAUUGCCGGGCGCGGAUUGGUAGUUGA